UCUUUCCUUUUCCUUCCCUUUCUAUCUAAUUAAAACUAACUUAAAAAUAUUUAAAAAAAUGAAGUGUCGCUUUCAAACCAGAAAGAUUCAUGUCACACGCAACUGGAUCAGUCCUAUUACUAUAUUUAUCGUAAGAUCAUUCCUUACCGCAGCUCCGACGUCGAUUUUUAUUCGCCGGCGAUUGCUUACCCACUCAUUACACAUUUUAAGAGUAUCGGAAUCACUACAAUGGAACCUGUGUAUGCUUCAUAUCGUUUCGUUAUUAAUCAGUUGAGGAUAUUAUUGCCCAUUAGUGUAUGCUUCGUGUUUCCGUGUCAAUUAGUUGAGGACAUUGUUUCUCGAGUGUUUGAGGAAUUUAAUUUUUUCCAAGAAUCAGGUUUACUUCAGUUUUGGAAAUGCACCGUAUCUGAUGUUUCAGAGGACAGUGGGUACAAUGUUGUUUUAUUAGAGAAACCUUUUAGAUUGACUGAUCAAAACCAUGAAGGACUUAAAAAUUACAGGAGGAAAUGUCAUGAUAACGUUGUUAGAUUUGUUGGUAAACAAAUAAAGAUUAAUGGAAACUGGUUUGCUGGGCGUGCAGCUCAAACCGAGAUUGCAGAUGAGAGGACAAAAGAUCUUGUAUGUAGUCAUCAUUAUCAACAAUAUGCUGAAGCAGCAGGCAUGGGGCAGUGUGUUCUGCCUGUGUUUUAUGAUAAGGGAAAUGGGAAGGAACUCAUUGGAAUCAUCGAGCUAGUCACAAGUGAACCAAAAGAAAGUUAUGUCGAUGAUUUAAAUCAGUUCGUGCACUUACUGAAGGGUAGGGGCUUAAAAUCCAGUUAUAUGGGGAAGACGAUAAAAGUUCACUAUGAUGGUUUUGGUAUAGUCAAGUUUACGCUACCCAUUUCAGCCAAGUUCACAGACCUGUUGAAGGAAUUGAGAGAAAGGCUCCCAUUGAAGGACAAUUAUGGCUGUAUCAAGUACGAAGACACUAUAAGCAACCACCGGAUUUCUAAUGAUGAAGACCUCCAGAAGUGCAUGAAGAAAUCCAGUUCAAAGGGGGAAGCAUGCAUCAGAAUGUUUGUUGAUCACGUAGAUGGUACUUGAGAUUCCACUUUGGGGUAGAUUAUUUGAUCAAGAUAUUUGCAAAACUAGUGGGAGUAGAAUUCAUAACUUCAAGACAGUAUUUGAGAGCAGGAAACUGUAAUUAGUAUCGUAUCGGAACUACAUAUCUCAGGCAGGGGUGAAACUACAUUUACUUGAAACUACAUUUAAUGUAGGGUAUCCCCGGCCCCACGCUAUGGGUACGCUCAAUCCAUGUGGUGUCCAAAAUUUUGAAAUACGUUGUGUUCUUCAUUGGUGCUAUAGGUCAAAGAAAUAUGGAAUACUGGUAAAUGUAGUUAACUCAUAACUUUUGAAGAUGUUCAUUGCAAUGAAAUUUAUAGAGUUUUUGUGCAA